GAACACUGAAAUUUGGAGGUCGAAUUUCAGGUUUACUAAAUCAAAGAGGGGAGAAAAAAUAAAAGGAAAUGAAGAAGUACGGGCUGCAACUUAGGGUUCCACAGCAGAAAAAACAGCCAACUAGACCCCCACUACCCACUCCACUUGGGUUUAACGACGAGGAUGAAGAUAAUGUUGAGAGAGAUAUUUUGCGCCAGGCCUACAAGAACAAAACUCACAGAGAUGUUGAGGAGCAGCAUAAGAAGGCGCUUGAAGAAGAUCCUUCGGCGUUUGACUACGAUGGGGUGUAUGAUAAGAUGAAGGAGAAACAAGUUCGCCCCAUAGAGCAGGAUCGACAAGAUAGAAAGCCCAGAUAUAUCCAAGCCUUAAUGGAUAAGGCUAAACAGCGAGAAAAAGAGCAUGAGAUUAUAUAUGAGAGGAAGCUAGCCAAAGAGAGAAGCAAGGAUGAAGACCUCUAUGCUGACAAAGAUAAAUUUGUUACAAGUGCUUACAAGAAAAAGCUGGCUGAGCAAGCCAAAUGGCUCGAGGAAGAGCGGCUUCGUGAGUUGAGAGAGGAAAAGGAAGAUGUCACCAAGAAAACGGACAUCAGCGAUUUUUAUUUCAACCUGGGCAAAAAUGUCGCGUAUGGUGCUAGACAAGUGGAUUCCCGUAUACUCGAGAAGCAGCCUAAAGAACAAAUGGUUCAGGCAGCACCGGUACAAUCUUCUCGCGUGGCAAUAACUCCAGAGUCAUCUGCAAUAGAGAAGAAGAGAAAUCAAGAUGACAAUGCUAAUGUAGAGAAUUAUUCUCUUGAGGGACCCCUUUCAAAAUCUCCCGAUCAUGAACAAGACACGAAUGAGGGAGCAUCGGCUACUGAACAGAUGAUACCCGACGAGCAGAAGAAAAAUGAUGAGACAGCUAAGGACCAUCACAAGAGAAGUGAAGAUGCAGUGGCUGCAGCCAAGGCUCGGUUCUUGGCACGGAAAAAAGCAAAGGUGUGGUAAUGAUUAAUCCCUCUCUGAAUGAAGGAAUCCUUGUGCAUUUGCUCACUUUGAAGUUUGAAACCUAUGUGACAAAGGAAAAUUGUGGGAAUUAUUUGUCUGUAUUGUAUGUUCUUUAGUUUUAUGUAUAAAACACACUGCAAAAUACAUUUUGGAAUGAAUGGAAAUGACCAAUUUAACACCUUUGAAGUUUAUUAUAUUUUAUUUUCUUUGAGUGACCACA